AUGUCUUCUUACCCAUUUAAAAAUACAGCCUCAAAUUCCUAUGGGCUCGGAGGCACUCCAAACCAGCCCCUCUCUAUUAACACCUCACACGCAUCUUCCCCGCCAUCACUUAUGGAAGUUAUAGUCAAUGAUCGGCUGGGUAAAAAGGUUAGGGUGAAAUGUUCGAAGAAGGAUACAAUUGGCCAACUGAAAAAGCUCAUUGCAGCACAAUCAGGAACAAAGGCAGACAAAAUAAUUUUAAAAAAAUGGUAUACAAUUUAUAAGGAUCACAUUACACUGGAAGACUAUGAAAUUUCAGAUGGAAUGAGUUUGGAGCUUUACUACCAAUAA